GAUGUGGUUUUGAUAUUGUCUUCGUCUACUGCAGUGCUCUUUUUGGCAGUUACUUGAAGGAAAGAAAAAAGAGAGAGAGCGUGAUCCAUUGCUGUGAGUGCAUGCGGGAAGGAGUUCUGAAAACGGAUUUAUGCGAAUUUAAUCUGGAGUUAGGAGUAAAUGACAUUCGCCCCAGUUUGGUUGCACUGUUAUAGAUGCAGAACUAAACCGGAUAAAACAUCCAGGUCCGGGAGAGUAAAGGGCAGGUACGCUCUGGAGUCGGCGACUGCGCGGAGAGACCGGACUAGUGGAUUAGGACGAUACCUGUGUGUGUGGAGAGCGCAUCAUGCGGGUUUGGAUGUCGCGCACUGGGAGCCAUUAAAACCUCUGGGCUGGAGCAAACAUAUAAGCGGAUAUGGGCUCUGCUCUGCGGCGUCGCUGGCUAGUGAUCCAACUCCUGAUGCAGGUGUGGUUGGCAGCAAAUCCAUCACUGAGUGAGCGCCAGUGCCCCAAGAGUUGUCGUUGUGAUGGAAAAAUUGUGUACUGUGAGUCAAGCGCCUUUCGUGAUGUCCCCAAGAACCUUUCAGGAGGCUGCGAGGGCUUGUCUUUGCGGUACAACAGCCUUUCCAGUCUACGUUCAGGCCAGUUUGUAGGUCUCAACCACCUUAUCUGGCUCUAUUUGGACCAUAAUUACAUUGCGUCUGUGGAUGGAAUGGCUUUUCAGGGGGUCCGCAGGCUCAAAGAGCUAAUCCUGAGUUCCAACAAGAUUACGUCUCUCCUCAACACCACAUUCCACCCUGUCCCUAACUUGCGAAAUCUGGACUUGUCUUAUAAUAAACUGCAAGCCUUGCAGCCUGGACAGUUUCAAGGUUUACGAAAACUUCUAAGUGUUCACAUACGCUCAAAUUCUCUAAAAAUUAUCCCAUCACGUUUGUUCCAAGAUUGCAGGAAUCUCGAAUUUCUAGACCUCGGAUAUAACCGCCUUCGCAGUAUUACUCGGAAUGCAUUUUUAGGUCUUGUGAAACUCACCGAGCUGCAUUUGGAGCAUAAUCAAUUCUCAAAGAUCAAUUUCUCUCAUUUCCCUCGCCUCUACAAUCUGCGGGCUCUUUACCUGCAGUGGAAUCGCAUUCGCUCCAUGAGCCAGGGCCUGACCUGGACAUGGGCCUCCAUCCAGAAACUGGAUCUGUCUGGGAAUGAUUUGACAGAAGUAGAUGCUGUGGUUUACCAAUGCUUACCCAACCUGCAGACCCUCAACUUGGAUUCCAACAAGCUAACUAAUGUUUCUCAGGAGGUGGUAGAAGCUUGGAUCUCUUUAACAAUGAUAAGUUUAGCUGGAAAUGUAUGGGACUGUGGUCCUUCUAUAUGUCCUCUGGUGGCAUGGCUGAAAAACUUCAGAGGGGCAAAGGAGACCACCAUGAUCUGUGCCUCCCCCAAGAAAUCCCAGGGUGAGAAGGUGAUGGAUGCUGUUGAAGCAUUUGUGGUGUGUCAGUCAAGCCAAGUGACAACUCUUACAGUGAGUAUUCUUCCAAACACAUCCAGAAUCCCUGUUCAGACAGAACAGCGACCAGCCAUUCUGACAACACCAGCUAGCUCUGGAAAGAGAGCUGAGGGAUCUCUAAAGGGUCCCACAUCAUCAGCAGUAACGCCACCUGUUGCAGCUCCCCCAGACUUGGAGCCUGUAUCCUUCCAUAAGAUUGUGGCUGGAAGUGUUGCUCUUUUUCUAUCUGUUGCAAUGAUCCUCUUGGUGAUCUAUGUGUCCUGGAAGCGCUAUCCUAGCAGUGUCAAGCAGCUGCAGGAGCACUCAGCUGCAGCGCGUAAACGUCGCAAGAAACCUAGAGAGACGGAACGCACCUUAAACUCUCCCCUGCAGGAGUACUAUGUGGACUACAAGCCGACCAAUUCUGAGGCCAUGGAUGUGCUUGUCAAUGGAACUGGAUCAUGCACCUAUACAAUCUCAGGCUCCCGGGAAUGUGAGGUCCCCCACCAGAUGGGUGCCCUGACCUUCUACCGCUACGAACAGCCCAUCGUAGACUACUGCCAGGCCCAUCAACCUCUGCGGCUCAACAUGGGCUAUGAGGGACCACCUCAGGGCCUGGAGGGCCUGGAGGACCUGGGACCAUGUGACAGGGGCACCAUACAGACAGUGGGCCUGCCCGCAGUGCCCUCCACUGCCACCAUGGGCCAUACUGUACCAGGACCACGCUCCCCUCCACCGUCCCUCAGACCACAAACCGACGCUUCACUCAGCGGCCCUUUUCUCCCUGCUGAACGUACUGGCACUCUGAAAUUUGGCCGCUAGUAAGUUUAGCUGUUUUGAACAGGGUAGUAGACCUCUGAUUCAUCGUGACUUAGAAGAGAACGGGGGCAGGUGAGGUGGUUGUUCAGCAGGGCCUUGCUUUAAGAACAUGCAAACUACAUUUUCAAAUUAUGCCUGGAAGCAUCAGAGUCUGAAACAACAUAAUACAACAUAGUAAGACAUCUCUGCUAAUCAUUUAGAUUUAUUUUUUUCCCCUCACAGCACAUCAGAUCAGAUACUUUACUACUUACUUAUGGGAGGUAAUUGAGACUAUGAUCAAAAGUAACACCUUGUUCUCCAUAUCUGGUCCUCGUCAUCUCCCAUGUCAGCAUAAUGGCGUACCAGUUCUCACAGCAUCAGCAGCAGUUUAUUUAUGCUUCGUCGGAAGUGAAAGGGAAAGUGCAAUAAAUAUGUGGGUUUCAAUCACAAAAAGCAGGAGCAGUAAUGUAAUUUCAUUAUUUUACAAAUAAUUACAUUCAGAUCCUGAUAGUUUUGUUUUUAUGGAAGUUGCAUUUAAUACCGAAUUCCAUUUAUGUGCAUGUUAAACCAAAGAGUUUACUGAUAACUUUCUUUAAUGCACAUACAUAAAACAUUAGUUGCAGUGCUAAACAGAGCUCUGCAAGGUAAUGGUUGCCGCCAAAGUCUCUGCUGUUUUCAAAUGAACUGAUCAUCUGAAACAUAAGAGCAAAGCCCUGAAUAGGAAUCCAGUCGUGAUCGUUUUAGUCAAAUUCAAAUAACAUAUUUAUCAUGAACAGUGGGUCCACUCAAGAUCCAGCUCGUGGUUAAUCAUGUAGUAAUGAUGCCAUGAGCAACAGUGACCAUAAGCACCAAACCUGUACUUUCUGUAAAACUACACAGGUGCCCUUUACACAGCAGAAAAGCAAGUCACUGUAUACAAGUACGUCCCAACUGAAUGACACACUGUUCUUUUAAACAAAGGCAAUCGUGGGAAGCUUAUGUAGAAAUGAGUAUAUUUGAAUGAAAGUAUUGUACAUUAAAUUGAACGAAGGUUAAACCACUCUCACUGCCCCAACAGUCAUAUGAAACAUUGUUGAGUCAAUGUUUGACUUUCAUCACACCGGACUAUUUGAAGAGCACUGUUCUGCCAAGCUCAGUCCAUUUGCUCCUGUCUCCCCUCCACCACAGAAAACAGCGAUGCCUUGUGUGGUCAUGUCGAACCAGCACGUUGACUUCUGUUUGACCUGCAUAUGAACCCAUGGACUGUAAUGGGAAUUUUGCCAGAUAUGUCUUUCUUUUAUUUUUUUCUUUUGUUUUUUUCUGAAAGCCUGUCUGCAGCACUGAACUUUCAUCCGCUCCAUAACUCUUUGGCCAACAUGUCAAGUGCUACAGCACAUAGACUCGUGGAGCUGUUGAGGACUUCUCAUACGACGAUGACAGAAGCGGUACACACCGGUGGUUUUCUACAUGUCAGAGGUCUCCUGGAAUAUUUGCUCGGUUCUCCCGCAGAGCGACUGACUGAUCCAGAAAUAACGCUGCGAGGGAGCGAAAGUGGAUGCAUCCUCGAGCUAAGAAAGGAAAUAGGAUUUUUUUUUUUUUUAUCAUUAAAAAAUGUUGGUGUGUAAUGAAUGAAAUUUUGAGAGGUGCGAAGAUGAUGUCAAGAAAUUCUAUAAGGUUGAUAUGAGGACAAAAUCAAAUAGAACUUAUUUAUCAUGUAAAUAGUAAGUCUUUAAAGAGGCAAAAAGUAUGAACUUCACUUCUUCUGAGAUACAAACCAUUUGUCCACAGAAGAGGAGCCUUAUUCACUUCCCAGUGGGAAUAUAAUACCAAGAUGACUCGAUGGGGAGGUUCCUAUGUUCAGCUCUUGUUGUUUCAAUGAUGAAUAUUUUUCUAUCUGCUCCCUUCACAGUUCUACCAUUAAACACAAAUGAUGUUACUGAGGUUUCUUCUCAAAUCCAAUCAUUUUAUUUGAUCACAUGAAGAGGGAAAGGUUGGGAGCCUUGUCAUUGUGAUGUUCUCCGAGUGCCAAGCUUCCUCCUGAUCUACUCCUCUUGUUUAGAAGCACUGUUUGCCAUUUCAGGGUUUACUUGGGGAGAUAGGUGUGCUAUUCUUUAUAGUUUAACUUGUGAAGGGUGUUGUUUUUGAUGUGCCAUUAUUUUUUUGUUAAAUGUUUUACCAAAAAAACAGACCCAAACAACAUGUGAUGCAGCAUUCUUCAUGGGAUCACAACUAAGAAGGGGUUUUGUGCCCUUCAUGUACAGGACAUUGCAUAAAAAAGCAGUUGAUUCGCUCAGUACGGUUGCUUAAUAGUGCUGGUGGAGUUUACUUUGUAAUAGCAGCUGUGCCAAUGUCUUUAUAAUGGGAGCUCUCUCAAUUUUAUUCAUGUAUUGUCUUGCCUUGCUCUAUAUCACCCCUGAUAACUCCUUGGCCUGAAUUUCAUGUCUGCCGCUUGUUGACUCAGGUGAAGCUGUUUAAUGAUGAUCUAUUUCUGUCCGCAUGCUGAUAUUUUGGGAAACUUUGUCCAGCUAGGAAGGAACACUGAGACGGAGACAAACAAUAAGGGAGAUGCUUCCUGUCUGGACUGCCCUACAACCAGCAGCACUUGUCAUGAAAGUCUUUUUCUUUCUUUUUUUUUUUUUUACUUCUUUGCUGACCCAUUCCUGCUCUUGAUUCUCCUAAAGUACAGUUCCCCAGCACAAUUUGCUGUGAAACAGAGAGGAAGACUAAAAUUACGUAUUCGCUUGGAGGAAAAACUUUCCCGCUAAAUCCCAGCCCCACACGUGUGGUAAUUACUUCAGGUUUCAGAGUGCGAUAAUGCUUCAAUUCAGUUCGAACACAGAGAUCAAAGCUACUUUGUCCUUCACAUGUAAUUAGAAAAUGCUAAUAAAAUACUUGUAAGUCCACAAUCAAAUCAGCAUUUCAUUAAUCGUGACCCCCUCCAUGAUAAACUCAGAUAUGUUCAGUGGAAUGUUUGAAUCCGUCCACCAGCGAUUGUUUAGUCUAUUGUGUGUUUCUUUUGCCAUCAGAGAACUGGAAGCACACGCAUUGCAUGCUAAUGAUGCAUGUUGGAGCUGAAUUCCAGGACCGUCUGCGCUAGCCCCUGCUAUGCCAACAGUCUAUAUUUGUUCUUUUGCUUUGUUUGUUUACUAUUUUGUUCACCCAGAGCUCCCCAAACCUGCCCCUUCUUAGAGUUUGGGCCCGUAUAAGCCUUUGUCCCCAUAGGGAUCAUUCAUUUCUUUUUUCUUAUUUUGUUUUGUUGUGGUCCCCACCUCCCACCCCCUUUUCAUUUGGCUUCAGGUGGAAAGAAUAAAAUACUGGAAUUGUGGUAAAAACUUAAAUUUUCCACUGUUUACACUGAGAGCAGAAGCUAAGCUGCACAUCAGUGAGGGGAGGAAAAGACAGGAAGACAGAGGUCAUAUAUAACUGCAAAUGUUAAAGACAUGUUAAAGGGACAAAUGGGUAAAUGUGUUGGCACAUGCUUUUACUUUGUUUUUUUACGCAAACCACACACACACACACACACACACACACACACACACACACACAGGUGUUUAAUGUAUGUAAAGUCACAUAUGUGACACACGGCUUAAUGAAAGCACAUACUUUCAUCUUUUCAAUUGUGGGUAUUCUGCAUGAACUAAUUAAAAAAGAAGUAAGUAAUACUUUACACCUUUAUCAAUAAUAAUCCAUUUUGACUUGUCAAUUUUUAGCUGCAGAAACAAUCAUAAAGUAGCAUCUGCAGGUUUUGACAUGGCCGUUCAUUUCAGUUCCCCCAAGGCCAUCUGAGAUGGUUCAGUGGGCUCUAAUCCAUUACCUGAUGAAUAGAUUUGAACAAUUAAUUCCGCGCCAGACAUGGAUUUGUAGCUUUCCAUCCUCUGCCAUACAUCUGUGUCUGACCAGCAGACAGUGUUGGGCCCGUACAGCGCACAACCGUGGCUCUUUGGAGUCAGCACUCCAUAUAUAUAAAUAUAAAGGGAAUGGGGGAAAAAAAAAGGAAAAAUAAUGCUUUUCAUUGCCAGUCUACAGUUUGAGUUUGUUAUUGUGUGUCAUUAGUGUGUGUACAGCCUGAGAAAUGGUAAGAAUUAAUAAUUUUGUAAUGCUAAAAAGAGAAGUGGAAGCCUUGCUACUGAUUGAGAUAUCCUGCAUGUACCCAGAUGGCCCGUGUAUGAGUGUGCGUGUGUGUUCCUGUGUGUACAUCUACAAAACAACAGCACCUACUCCUCUACCUCCUCCGUACCAACGUCACUAUUACUGAUGUUCAGGCCAGCCCUUCGCCAUUGAUUGUUAUUGUUCCACGCUGUUUCACAUUAGCGAGAAGUCUUUAACCUUCGACCCAUAUUGUCCCAACUCUGUUUUUCCGCCAUUGCUCUUGUCAGGGGUGGCAAAGGAAAGGAAGGCAUGAUCAUUAGCCUCGGGGAAACACACUUAUUCAUUUGUCCGAAAAAAGCCAGCAUACGGCCUUAAUUGAAUUUCAUGUAAGUACCAAAAUAACGAAGCCUUUUGUUUAAAUGUGCUGAAUUCUGUCUCAGCAUUUGGCUUGAGAGCGCCGUACGAGAGAAACCAGUGGGACCCUGACAGAGGGCAACGUCAGCAUCAGUCUUUAUAUCCUUGCAGACUCAAAGGCUUGCCAUGUUUUAUUUCAUUUUAGCUGCCUUUUAAAAUGUUUCUAUACAAACCACCAUAUCCUCACUGUCAAACCGUCUCAUGCAUUCCCUGCAGAGAGAAUCGAUUGCUGUAUGGUGUAAAUAUGUGCUGCAUUGUUUUCUUUAGUAGUUGCUUCGUUGUUUUUUGUUUUUUUUUUCUUUUUUUAAUUUUUGUUCUUUUUACUGUAUUCAGACCUGAAGCAUUUUUUGUG